AUGCCAAUAGUGUCUAAAUCCUUAAUGGCAGUUUUUAUUGACAUCAGUCUAUAUGCCAGACGUUGAACUAGCAACAGUUAGAUGUGAUUUGCACGAAGCGAUGACAUUAUAAUAACAUACGAGUUAUAUGAUGUUUCGGCUCUAAUGAUUCACUUUAACACUAUCAGACGGCGGGUGUAGACUUCUUGUGCAUUUCAUAUCAUAAUGCCUCAUUGUAGUAUUCCCUUUUAUUCAGAAAUGUUGUCACACAAAUCAGUGAUAUACACACUGAAUCCCACCAACGAUGAUGUGUAUUUCAUGUGAUGAAGACACUUAAUCAUAUUAAAAGAGAGAGGAAAAAACACAAUGACCCCCUUUUCUCCUCACUUCCCUCUGCUCGGCUAGCUCCGGAAGUACAGCCAAACUUUACUCCACAGAAGAAAACAGCAGUUGUUGGGGAGUAGAAGUAAACGAUAAAGUGAGUUUUUAUAAAUAAUCGGUUUAUUUGCGAAAUGCCAGCUUAUAAGAGAAGGGUACAAUCAGAUGAAGGACAAACUAAAAAGAGGAAGCUGGACCAGCAGCCGGGGACAGAGGCCAGCGAUGCUCCCGAGACUCCACGCAGGUCACUGCGAGCAGCAGCAUCACAGAAGAAAAGGAUGGAGGAUCAACAAUCUAAGGAAUCGCUCACAGGAGAGGAGAACACCAGUGGCCCCCGUCAGUCAGCCAAGCGCAGGGGACCUGCGAAGGGUGCGAAACGGCGGAGGCAGACAAAAAACACAGCAGAACAAGGAGCUACAGUAAAGCCAGAACACUCAAAGGAUCCUGAAAUGUCUGUACAAAUUCGAGAGUCAAUUCCGAGAAAGAGAACUAGAAGGAAGAACCUAAAGGAGAAGGAUGGCGAGGGUGCUGUAAUAAAACGUCCUGUUGGUCGCCCUCCAUCUAAUGGCCUAGGGAGCUACAAAAGGAAGUAUAACCCAAAGGAAACAGAUAUUUCUGUCAGGUUAGAAUCUACAGGUUUACAGCUGAUACUAGACCUCAUACAGAUAGAUCACAGCUAUGGCAAGACCACCAAACUUACAACUUGGAAGCCCCAGCCAGUAAAGACUAUUGUCUCUUCACCUGAGAGAAAGGAAAGCCAAGUAAUUGAAAGGCCUAAGGAGGAAGCCAUAUUGGAGCAUCAAUCUGUGGAACCUACACAGGACAAUACAGUGGCCACAACAGAAACACAGCAGCAAAGUAAAGAUGAGCCAACGGAGCAUAAAGAACCAGAUUCUGUGGCCUGCAACACAAAUGAGGACUCUCCGAAGGACUGUCCAGUACCUGCACCAGAGGCCGGGGAGCAAGUUGAAAAGAUGGCAGAUAAAAAGGAAGAACCACUGACUCCUGCUAGUGACAAAGUAGAGGUUCCAAGUACAGAAAAUGCAGCCGUGACUGACCAGACUGCAGAAACUCUAAAGGAUAUUCCGGUAUCUACCUCAGAGGUGAAAGAGGAGAGCAACGAUAACCAGGAAGAGCACAAGGAAGCCGCCGCUGUUUCUACACUUGAACCUGACGAAACAUUGGAAGACCCUAUAAACCCCCCUGAUCAGUUGAAACCAGUCCCAGAAGAGUCUAGCACUUGCACUGAUCCACCCAGUUCAACAGAGACUGACUUGACAGCAUCACGCAUUUGCAGUGUUGCUGAAUCUCCAGAGGGACCAAAUAUCGCGCCCUCCUCACCAGAGCUGGAAUGUUCUUCAGACACACAACCGAUGGACAUAGACGACAUUGAGAUUGAAAUUGAGAACUGUGUGGUGGAAGUGGUGAGUGAGAACCUGCUCAGCUCACUAGAUAUCCAGCAUGAUGCACUGGAUAAGGUAGCACUUGGACUACUGAGUUCUUCAUGUGCGUCUAAGGUGGUGAGGGCCCUGUCAAAGGACUCCGUCACCGGGAAAAGCAUGGCAGGGGGCAGCCCAGGACAGCCCAGGAAGCAGGCCAUGAAUCCUCAAGCCAGGACCAAAGCUCGUCUGGCUGCACAAGCAGAAGCAAUGGCUGCAGCCUCUAAGAGAGCUGCUCACAGACAGCUGAACAUCCUGGCCCUGUGUGAGGAGAUAGCUGAUGACAUUGCGUCGGACACUGCGUUAAUCAAGGAGAUAAAGAAGGAGAAGGAGAAGGAAAAAGACGUUGCCCAAACUGUAGCAGCACUGCCGUCACAAGAAGCAGCCCUAGCAGUCAGAGAUGAAACGACUGCAACCCCUGCAACACAGAAAGAUGAACCCGAGUCCAAGGAAGCGGAAGCAACUCAGUCCCCUCUCGGCUCUAAAGAGCCCCAGCAGACCAGUGAGCCCGAGCAGAAGGCCCCGGAACCAGCACCACAGCCCGAGGCAGAGACGCCCAAGAGGCGCUUCUUCCUGAGCCAGAUAACCGUACCACUGAAGGUCCACGAAAAGAAGAAGCUCUCUCGGUACCAGAGGCUGCGGCAGGUGGAGCUUCAGAGGGACAAGCUGACAUGGACACGCGUCAAGAAACUGAAGUCCGAUCAGGCCAGUCAGAACCAGCCUCUUAGAGAGGAGCCUUGGUUUUCGGCCUCUACCACUGUUGCUCCUUCCACUCCUGCUCCUGCUCUUACUCCUACUCCUGUUUCUGCUCCUGCUCCUCCUCCUGCUCCUGCUCCUGUUUCCUCUCCUGUUCCUCCUCCUGCUGCUGCUUCUGUUAUUAAUACUCCCACCCCAGCUGCCUCCUCAAAUUUGUCUAGACCCGACCGGACCCCCAAGCAUCCCGUUUCGAAGGAGAAUACCCCCAAACCUUCUAAUAAACCUGUACCCAAGAGAGCGCUCCCUUCAGUUCCUCCUCCUCGACCAAAUGGGGUGGCUGUCCCAAAGACACGUCCUCCAAUAGAGUACAAACCCUAUACUCCCAGGCCCAAGUACUCUGCCGAUGACUUCGUGCUGGACGGCUUAGAUGACGAGAUCCCCACGCCUGCCGUGCCCAGCAAUGGGAAACAUGAGAGCAAUGUAGCACAGACUUCUAUCACACAGUCCAAAGGGUCCACAGUGAGUGUCGCAGAGAAGCAGCUUUGUGUUAAGUCACCUGCAGAUAAGGAAGUAAAGCCACCAGCUCAAACGGAUCAGACAAAGCCACCGUCCGGAGAGAUUGUCCAGCCUAACUGUGGUCCUCAGUCUGACGCAAAGCUCCAGAAAGAUGUGAAGAAAGAGGCCAGCAAAGGAGGCCAGCAGACCACAACCGACUCUGGACAGAAGCCCUUUGGGUCAGUGCUCUGCAGUGUGUGUGGAAUGCUAUACUCUGCAUCCAGCCAAGAGGACGAGUCUCAGCACUUGCUUUUCCACAACCAGUUCAUCAGCGCCGUUAAAUACGUGGGAUGGAAGAAAGAGAGGAUUCUGGGAGAGUACCCAGAUGGCAAAAUCAUUCUUGUACUUCCCGAUGACCCCAAGUAUGCACUGAAAAAGGUGGAGGAGAUCAGGGAGAUGGUGGACAAUGACCUGGGUUUUCAGCAGGUCGAGACCAAGUGCCCCUCCCAGACCAAAACCUUUCUGUUCAUCUCCAGUGACAAGAAGGUGGCAGGCUGCCUCAUCGCGGAGCACAUUCAGGAAGGCUACCGGGUGAUAGAGGAGCCGGGGCCGGAGGGCUCGGAGGGGGAGAAGAUGAUGUUCGAGCGGCAGCGCGCCUGGUGCUGCUCCACCAACCCCGAGCCAGCGCUCUGCGGCAUCAGCCGCAUCUGGGUCUUCAGUCUUAUGAGACGGAAGGGCAUCGCCUCGCGCAUGAUCGAGUGUCUCAGGAAUAACUUCAUCUACGGUUCACACCUGAGCAAAGAAGAGAUUGCCUUUUCAGACCCCACACCUGACGGAAAGCUAUUUGCCACCCAGUACUGUGGCACCUCCCAGUUCCUGGUCUAUAACUUUGUCAGUGGGAACCGUUCAACUUGACCCUACCCUUACCCCCCCCCCCCCAUGUGUGUACCCCCCAGAUCACUGACUGAACCAUGUAAGUUUUGAGAUGAGAAAUCAUGGCCUGGAUUUAAAACGAACGGCAAUUAUGUAUCAAGUUCAUUCUGAAUGGGCUUGAGCACAGAGACAUGCAGUGGACACGGCACAGCAAAUCUCACAUAUGUGGAACGCUGUCACUGGUUUGAACUGAGCGAACCAAGCAAAGCGGACGCUGUCGGUCCUUACUGAGAGAGACUGGCCAAGUGUUUUUACCACUAAGUCUGGCCAGUGAAAUUAGGCCGACGGUAUUUCACGUUAUAUUAUCACUUGCUCCGGGAGAGAGUCUGAUGAUGUUCGCUCAGGUUCAAGUUUUUGAGUGGAUCGUGAACUUCGCUUGGACCUCCCAAAAGGUGUCAUUUAUCCCCAAGCACAUCAGCAACCCCAAACUGGUUUCCUCUCUCCAAAGCUCAGUCGUGAGACUUUGCACCGACGGUUCGAAACGCUAGCUGUGGGCGACACCUUCUGGCCGGGAGAGGAAACCCUCACAACUACUUUUAGAAUCUCAGGUUCCAAAACAUCAAUGAGUGAUCCUUUUUGUUGGUUUAAAACCUUUAAAACUGUACUGUUAAACAUUUUAAAAGAGAAAUAUUUUCUUGGCAUUUUUCUUUUUACAAUUACAGACUUUUGGUGUUUUAAAAGUUUACACAAAUGAAAUUGACAGCAAUAGACACAUUUGAUAACGGUAACAUUGUGUAAUUGACCUAGUGUACAAAACGGAGAUUAGAUGACAUAGCUAUACAAAUAGCUGUAUAAUGUAACCUGUUAAAAAAAAGUCUAAUAAAAGGCCUCCUUUAA